UGUAUCACUAUUCGUUUUUCGUUUCAUUUUUUUGCAUUGUGCCGAACUGUAAUCUGUUAUAUCUUAAUUCUCGUUCGUAAAACGCCCGAUUUUAAUAAAUGAUGGAGUCUUUAAUAAGACAAUUUUAUACUUUCUUUUACAUCGUAUUAUUCUCGUCCUGGAUAGCAGCCAUCAAGUUCGAGGCACUUACGGAUGAAGAAAUUAAAAAUCAAACCUUGAGCAGUUUAAUGGGCAAACUAUGUCCUCCAUUUGGACUAGGGGUACGUUUUGAAGUUGCCACAAUACAAACGGAGACGAGAAUGUUUGGAUGUACCUACUUAGAACACAAAACUACGAUAAGCGCUGCACCAGUAUUUCAUUUGUGGCUUGAGCGUCCGGAGAAAACUAACAAUCAUGGUCAUUGUAAAGACACGAGUAACAUGGACCGCUUCGCUUUUGAGUGCGUUUCAAAAAAGGAACCUACUAAGAAGGAAGAGAUUUCUAAAGGCUGGAAUUAUGUUAAAUUAAUAGAUCAUUCCGAGCCACAAAUAUCACAGGAUAUCAAAGACCUGGUUUUCAGAUGUGCCGUGUACGAUGUGAAUGAUGCUCCUGCUCAGGGUCUCAAAGUAAUUCGAAUGGCGAUCAGUGCACCUAGAAAAGGGGAAAUGCACGAAGACCUGUGUGAUAGUCUGUCAAAAACUAUGGCAAAGGAUGAUCUACCAUAUAUUUCAGAAGGGCACCGAACUUGGCCUGAUGGGUCAAUGUACCUUUAUAUGUUGGGAAAGCCACCCGUCGUUGUCAAGGGAUAAUAGUCAAAUACCCUACCAUCCAAUGAAAUAAACUACUACAAGGCCAUUAACAACAAUACAAAUAAGAACUACAAGGUAUAAAUUUUAAUCAACACUGAUGGUGGUGUACAAUUCUAAUAAUUAAAUAUAAUUUUGUUCAAUUUAAAAUUUCUUGGUCAAUAGAUCAUGUCUAUAGAUGUAACCAUGAUGAAUAUAUAUUUUUUAAUUACAUUUUAUAAUUUUUUU